AUGGCUUUGGCUCAAAGAAAUAUUCAAGUAAAUUCGGAUAGGUGCGCCAUAUGUGGAGACUAUGCGGAGACGAGCGAGCAUUUAUUUGUAUCAUGUCACCUUGCACAAACGGUUUGGGCUCUUAUUACACAAUGGUGCAAAAUACCCGUGUUUUUUGCCUUUGGCAUAAAGGACAUUCUAGAUCUGCAUUUAUUCGUGAAAAGUUCUACAAAGAAAAAGAAGAUUAUCCAGGCCAUUGUUCAUGUCACAUUUUGGAGUAUUUGGGCUGCAAGAAACAAACUCAUUUUUGAUGGUUCCUAUCCAGAGGUAUCAAAGAUUUUGGAGGAAGUGAAGGUUAUGAGUUAUCUAUGGGUCAAAAAUCGUUCAAAGGAUGCUGCGAUUACGUUGGAGAGCUGGAAAAGAUUCGAUGAUUUCGGUUAA